UACACAUUCACAGAAAGCAUCAGUGCUAGCAAUGAGCCUUAGCCAGGAGUCUGGUGCCCACCAUGACCCCCAGGAUUAUCCGGUAGUAUCUGAUGAGGAGGAUGAAAUUGAUAUUCUUGGAGAAGAUGAUUCCUGCAGUCUAAAGUCACACUUUUACCUACAGCCAACACAUUCAGAGAUGGGGGACAGUGGCAUUCUGAGCCCUUCCAAGCUAAGCUGCACUGAAAGUGAGAGCGAUUCCUCUGGAGAGAGUGAAGGAGGUACUUCUAAAGACUCCCCAGCCACCCCAUCUGGUGGCAAAGCCAAAAGGGCCCUUGUAAAGCCCCCUUAUUCUUAUAUUGCUCUAAUCACUAUGGCUAUCCUGCAGAGCCCACACAAGAAACUGACUCUCAGUGGCAUCUGUGAUUUUAUCAGCAGCAAGUUCCCUUACUACAAGGACAAGUUCCCUGCUUGGCAGAACUCCAUCAGGCACAACCUGUCCCUUAAUGACUGCUUUAUUAAAAUACCACGGGAACCAGGAAAUCCAGGAAAAGGCAACUACUGGACCCUGGACCCUGCCUCUGAGGACAUGUUUGAUAAUGGGAGCUUCCUUAGAAGGCGGAAAAGGUUUAAGAGGCACCAGCAGGAGUUCUUUAAAGAUGGACUUGUGAUGUACAACCCACUGCCUUACUACAGACCCUACAGUACCAUCCAACCACAGCAAGUGCUCCAGCAGACUCCAGUGGCAUGCAUGGCAAUACCAGAAAAUUUGACCAUGCCAACUCACCUUGCUCCCUACCCAGACAUAAAGAGGAAAGUUCCUUACCCUGACCAGGGGGUACACAGGGGGUUUGAAGCCCUGGAUGCUGAUAACCACCCCAAUAAGUCUCAGAGCAAAUGUUCAUUUAGUAUUGAGAACAUCAUGAGGAAACCCAAGGAGCCAGAGCCAAGUUUUUCAACCUUUAACCCACACUGGAACUAUAAUCACUUAUUGCAGAGGCCAAAUUCCUGCCUUCUCCCAGCUGUGCUUAACCUAUCCACUGGCCCUUUCCUAUCCAAUGCCCAGGGCACCAGGCAAUACAACCUCAUAAAAUUCCCUGGGUGUUACUGAAGUAAGUCACUUUGGGUCUCACAUAGCCCCUGUACUGCCCUACCCAUAUCCUUUCAGGAUUUUUCCUUAUAACUGGUGGAUUCUGCCACUAGGACUUUCUUGUGUCCAACCCAGAGAUUUUCAUUUUAUUUAUUGUCAAAGACAGGUUUAUCCAAUCUGCAUCUAGCAUCCCCUAAAUUAUAAGGUUGUCAGGGGAGAUGAUAGUUGCAGUUCAUUAACAGCUGAAGGGCCACCAGUUGUAAAUACCUCGACAGUCAUAAGUACUUGUGUGAGAGCCCCAAGUGGCACAUGUGAUGCUGGAUGCUUGAAUCGCUAUGGAUUGUAUGUGUAUUUAGAGACACUGAAAUGAUGGCUGAGGACUUCACUUGGCCCCUGUGGGCAACGGGUAUGCAGUUUUGUAAUGUCAUUUGUUUGCUUUUAUGUCUUAUUUUUCUGUUAAUAUUUAAUGUAAAUAGAAAUGUAAUCUAUUGAAUUAUUUAUUAUGAAAUUUAUUGCAACUUUUCGCUUCUACUCACAUGAAUAAAAUCAUUCAAAUG